AUGAAAAGAGCUUUUAAAGUUGUGAAAGCACAGCACUCAGAUGAUAGUGAGGGUGAGGAGGACAUGGUUGGUAAACAGUUGGAUAAGACAUUUUCCCCAUGGUUCCUGGCGACGGCCAUCCUGUUUUGUUCCCAGUCUUCAGGUAGUAGUGGGUGGUGCAUUGAAGGAGGCCAUCGGUCGGGGUGCUCUGAGAGUCACUCCAGGUGCUCAGGCGUCUUCACUGCACCUCGUAUGGCCGAGGACCACAGCCUUGGUGAACCAUGUAGUCAUGAAAUCUAUGCAGGCGCUGCGCUGUCAGAGCCUCAGUUUGGGAUGAGCUGGGUCGACAUGGAUGUGAGGAGGAGUGACAGCACUGUCUCCAUAAAGAGACUAAGGGAGGAAGCACAGAAGUCACUGACAGGAAGUCCUGCCCCGGUACUCGAUGCAAAGUCGGGAAGAGCUGUCAGCAGAACUUUCAGGAAGUCAUGUUUUCACAUCCUGUUAUUAGAGGAACUCUAUGGCAACGGCAACAAACUGAAGCUUCCGUUCAUAAUCCUUGGAAGAGGAGUUCAAGGUCGUGAGGGGCAGAGAAGCACUGCAAUACCAAGAGUGGAGGGACCCAAAAGGCGACCAAAGCAGGAGCUGAGACUGCAGACUCAGAGAGCAGGAUCUCCAGUGCCCAGCUGUGUGUCUAUGAAGAGUGACAGAUCCAUGCCUGAGCCUCUGAACUUGCAGGGAGAGAGAGUGAACUUUGACCCAAGACUGCAGACUCAGAGAGCAGGAUCUCCAGUGCCCAGCUGUGUGUCUAUGAAGAGUGACAGAUCCAUGCCUGAGCCUCUGAACUUGCAGGGAGAGAGAGUGAACUUUGACCCAAGACUGCAGACUCAGAGAGCAGGAUCUCCAGUGCCCAGCUGUGUGUCUAUGAAGAGUGACAGAUCCAUGCCUGAGCCUCUGAACUUGCAGGGAGAGAGAGUGAACUUUGACCCAAGUGUAGAGACAGAUCUGACUGAGGAUCAGUCUGGGUGUUGCCAAAAUAUCCAACACAACACGUCCAUGUCUGAGUCAGAUGAUGUCCUACUGAGAAUCAUUGAGGGUCAUAAAACCACCCUGAAAAAUAAGUAUGAGCGCUUAUAUGAAGGUGUCGCACUGAAAGAAAACCAAACCCUCCUCAACAGCAUUUACACAGAGCUCUACAUCACAGAGGGAGAGAGUGAAGGAGUGAAUGAGAAACAUGAGGUUUUACAGAUUGAAACAGCAUCCAGGAAAUGGGUUUCUCAAGACAAACCAAUCAGCUGCAAUGACAUCUUCAAACCCUUGUCAACCAGCCAAACUAGAGAGGACAACAAAGCUUUGUCUAGUGAGGAACCUGAAGGGGACAGGCAAAAGCCAGAAAUCAGAACUGUACUCACCAAGGGCAUAGCUGGAAUUGGAAAAACAGUCUCUGUGCAGAAGUUCAUUCUGGACUGGGCAGAAGGAAGGACCAAUCAGGACAUUGACUUCAUGUUGGUUCUUCCUUUCCGAGAACUGAACUUGGUUAAAGAUGAACAGUUCAGUCUUCAUAGACUCCUGUUAGAGUUUCACCCAGAACUGAAAGACUUGGAUCCAAAGAAAUAUAAUGACUGUAAAAUGCUGUUCAUCUUUGAUGGUUUAGAUGAGAGUCGACUUCAGUUGAAUAUUCCUGAGAUGCUGUGUGAUGUGACCAAAACAUCAUCAGUGAAUAUACUGAUAUCAGACCUCAUCAAAGGAAAUCUUCUUCCCUCUGCACUCAUCUGGAUAACCUCCAGACCAGCAGCAGCCAGUCAGAUACCCUCUCAGUUCAUCAGUCGUGUGACAGAAGUCCAAGGAUUCAAUGAUUCACAGAAAGAGGAAUACUUUAGAAAAAGAUUCAGUGAUGAGAGUCAAGCCAACAAAAUCAUCUCACACAUCAAGACAUCGGUGAGUCUCCACAUCAUGUGUCACAUCCCAGUGUUCUGUUGGAUUUCAGCCACUGUGCUUCAGGAAAUGCUGCGUCAAGACAAUGUUAAAGAGAUCCCUAAAACUCUGACUGAGAUGUACACACACUUCCUGCUCAUUCAGACUAAAAUGAAGAAGCAGAAAUAUGAGGACAAAGUUGAGACAGACUCAAAGAAUCCUCUGGAAUCAAACAAGGAGAUCUUUCUGAAACUUUCUAAGCUGGCUUUUAAUCAGUUGCUGAGGGGCAAUAUCAUGUUUUAUGAAGAGGAUCUGAGAGAAUGUGGCAUUGAUGUGAGUGAUGCCACAGUGUACUCUGGGAUUUGUACUGAGAUCUUUAAGGAGGAAUCUGUGCUUCAUCAGAAGAAGGUCUACUGCUUUGUGCAUCUGAGUGUUCAAGAGUUCUUGGCUGCUCUCUAUGUGUUUUACUGCUAUGUAAAUGAGACCAUGGAGGCACUGCAAUAUUUUGUGCCAAGAGAGAUCAAUGCAUCAGACAACAUAUUCAUGAAGGCACUGGACUCUCUUCUGUUCAGAGGGAAGACAAACAAUAUUCCCUUGGAUAUGUUGCUAAAGGGAGCUGUGGAUAAAUCUUUGGAGAGUAAGGAUGGACAUCUCGAUCUGUUUGUCCGCUUCCUUCAUGGCAUCUCACUGGAGUCCAACCAGAAACUCCUACAAGGUCUGCUGACACACACACAGAACAACCAGCGGAGCAUCAAGAAAAUAAGCCGUUACAUCAAAGAGUUAAAUAAAGAUGGUGUCUCACCUGAGAGAUGGAUCAAUCUACUGCACUGCCUGACCGAAAUGAAUGAUCGCUCUCUCCAUGAAGAAAUUCAAGCUUUUAUCAAGUCUGAAAAUUACAGAACUAAACUCUCACUUGCACACUGCACAGCACUGGCCUACAUGUUUCUGAUGUCAGAGGAGGUGCUGGAUGAGUUUGACCUGAAGAAAUACAAGACAUCAGAUGAGGGUCGUAGGAGACUGCUCCCAGCUGUGAGGUGCUGCAGAAAAGCUCUACUUUCUGGUUGUAAACUCACUGAACAGUCCUGUUCAUCUAUAGCCUCAGUUCUACAGUCAGAAAACUGUCCCCUGAGAGAACUGGACCUGAGUAACAAUGAUCUUCAGGAUUCAGGAGUGAAGUCGCUCUGUGUUGGACUGAGGAAUUCACACUGUAAACUGGAGAUACUGAGACUUGCUGGUUGUAAACUCACUGAACAGUCCUGUUCAUCUAUAGCCUCAGUUCUACAGUCAGUAAACUGUCCCCUGAGAGAACUGGACCUGAGUAACAAUGACCUUCAGGAUUCAGGAGUGAAGUUUCUCUGUGUUGGACUGAAGAAUCCACACUGUAAACUGGAGAUACUGAGGUCAGUAUUAGUCAGUCAUUGGAAAUACAAUAUUGAUAAUGUGAUCACCACUCUCAGGGCAUCAGGGAUUACCCUGAAACACUCACACACACUCUCCAUCUCAUUACAACUGUAUCUUACCACUCACACUGAGUCUCUCUCCCUCUAUCUCUCUCUCUCUCUCUGUAGGUUGUCUGGUUGUUUAGUGACAGAGGAAGGUUGUUCUUCUCUGGCUUCAGCUCUGAGUUCAAACCCCUCACACCUGAGAGAACUGGAUCUGAGCUACAAUCAACCAGGAGUCUCAGGAAUAAAGCUGCUCUCUGACGUAAAAAAAGAUCCACACUGUCGACUGGACACACUCAAGUAUGUAGAACAGGACUCUCUGGACCCAAACACAGUAAACACACACCUCUCUCUGUCUGAGGGGAACAGAAAGGUGACAUGUGUGAAAGAGAAUCAGUCGUAUCCUGAUCAUCCAGAGAGAUUUGAUAAGUGUUAUCAGGUCAUGUGUAGAGAGAGUCUGACUGGACACUGUUACUGGGAGACUGAGUGGAGUGGAGAUGAUGGUGCUGAUAUAUCAGUGACAUAUAAAGGAAUCAGGAGGAAAGGAUGGAGUGAUGACUGUAGGUUUGGAAACAAUGAAAAGUCCUGGAGUCUGUGGUUCUAUGGUAACAGUUACUUUGCUCGUCACAAUAAACAGUUCACUGUCAUACCUCACCACCCCUCACACACACACAGAGUAGGAGUGUAUCUGGACUGGUCGUCUGGAACUGUGUCCUUCUACAGCGUCUCCUCUGACACACACACACUCACACACUUACACACAUUCCACUGCACAUUCACUGAACCCCUCUAUGCUGGGUUUACUGUUUAUAAUUACUCCUCAGUGUCUCUGUGUCAGAUAAAAUAA